AUCGGUACACUUACCGUGCCGUACAGGAAGCUGCUUAAAUAAUUGCUGUCGUCAUCUCCGAAGCAGCAACCAUGUCUGGCACCGGGGGAGGGAAGCGAGCCUCAGGUGGGGACAGCUCCCCUGGUCCACCUGAGAAGAAGUGUAAAAAAGAGGAAAAGACCACCACCACUCUCAUUGAGCCCAUACGCAUUGGGGGAGUGUCCUCUACGGAGGAGAUGGACAUGAAGGUGAUCCAGUUUAAGAACAAAAAGCUGAGUGAGCGUCUGGAGCAGAGGCAGACCAUGGAGGAUGAGCUGCGGGAGAAGAUCGAGAAGCUGGAAAAGCGUCAAGCUACUGACGAUACCACACUGCUCAUUGUGAAUCGCUACUGGUCCCAGUUGGAAGAAAAUGUUCACGUCCUGCGCCAACGCAUUGACCCCACGGUGGUCCCGGCACCGUCCGCUACUCCUGUUUCUGCCCCUACCCCAAUGGACGCGGAUGGCAUGAUGAUCCCACCACCCCCUCCUUCAGCCCCACUCCCAGCGCCAGAACACGAGGAGCAACAGCCUCCACCACCCGACAGUAUGGAGAUAGCUCGUGAACCACAGCAGGACUCGACAAUCGCUCCGCCGCCCACUACUACCCUCAGUGAGAGUACCAAAGCCUUCCUCUCCACUUUGGACAACAGCAGUGAGGAGGAGCUCAGCCUGCAGUUGCGGGACAGGAUGCAGUUCAGCAAGGAGGCCGCUGCCUGCAUGGUCUGCGUCUUCGACAGGCUCCACAGCCGCAUCGACGGCCUAUGCACCCAGAUCCUGUCCGCAGCGUGUGAGGAUGAUAGCCAGGAAGAGAUGCUCCGUCUGAAUCGUACUCUGCUCGAGGAGAAUGGCAGACUGCAAGACCUGGCCUCCUCCCUGCAGGGCAGACACCACAAGAUGUCUAUGGAGUACAACGAGCUUGUGGAUAAGGUGACAAGCUCGGAGACCAAGGUGUCUGAGAUGGAGACUGCUGUGGAGGAUCUGCAGUGGGACAUCGAGAAGCUCCGUAAGAGGGAACAGAAGCUCAACAAGCAUCUGGCUGAGGCAUUGGAGCAGUUGACCUCGGGCUACUACACCACUGGCAGCUCAGGGGGGCUACCCGGUGGCCAGAUCACCCUCAAUAUACAGAAGUUUGAGAGCCUGAAUGCAGAGUUGGAGCAGAACCAGGAGCUGGCCAACAACCGCAUGGCAGACCUGGAGAAACUACAGCAGGAGCUCCAGGAGGCUGUCAGGGAGAGCGAGAAACUCAAGUUGGACCUGAAAAAUAUUCCAGAGGAUGUGGUGAAGGAGACCGUGGACUACAAGUGCCUGCAGUCCCAGUUCUCCCUGCUCUACAACGAGUCUUUGGGGGUGAAGACCCAGCUGGAUGAGGCCCGGGCCCUGCUCCUCACCGCAAAGAACGCCCACCUCAGACAGAUAGAGCACAUGGAGAGUGACGAGCUGUCCCUACAGAAGAAGCUCCGCACAGAGGUCAUCCAGCUGGAAGACACGCUGGCCCAGGUGCGCAAGGAGUACGAGAUGCUGCGCAUCGAGUUUGAGCAGAACCUGGCGGCCAACGAGCAAGCAGGCCCAAUCAACAGAGAGAUGCGCCACCUCAUCAGCAGCCUCCAGAACCACAACCACCAGCUGAAAGGUGACGUGCAGCGUUACAAGCGGAAACUCCGAGAAACACAGAUGGAGAUCAACAAGUUGCGGUGUCAGAGUGGUGACACCGGGCUUUUGUCAUUGGAGGAGCCGGUGAGCGACAGCCUGGAGGUGAAGAAAGAGGAGGAUGAAGACCAAGAGGAGGAGGAGGAGAGGAGGAGGGAGCUGGAGAGACAGCGGGCCCGGGAGAGAGAGCGGGAGACUGAGAGGGAACGAGAGAGGGAGCGAGAAAGAGAGCGACAGCGCAGCGAGGAGUUGAAGAGGAAAGAUUCGGACACCCUGAAGAUGCUGAGGGCGGAACUUAAGAAAGCCCAGGAGUCUCAGAAGGAGAUGAAACUACUUUUGGACAUGUACAAAUCAGCUCCCAAAGAGCAGAGGGACAAAGUGCAGCUUAUGGCAGCAGAGCGCAAGUCUAAAGCCGAGGUGGAUGAGUUGCGGGUGCGUGUUCGAGAGCUGGAGGAGCGGGAGAGGAAGGAGAGCAAGAAGCUGGCUGAUGAGGACGCUCUCAGGAAGAUCCGUGUGGCAGAGGAGACAAUCGACCACCUACAGAAGAAGCUCACGGCCACCAAACAGGAGGAGGAGGCCCUACUGAGUGAGAUGGACGUGACGGGCCAGGCCUUUGAGGACAUGCAGGAGCAGAACAGCCGGCUGAUGCAGCAGCUGAGGGAGAAGGACGACGCCAACUUCAAGCUGAUGUCGGAACGCAUCAAGUCCAACCAGAUCUACAAGCUGCUGAGGGAGGAGAAGGAGGAGCUGGCUGACCAGGUGCUCACCUUCAAGACCCAGGUGGAAGCCCAGUUAUUGGUUGUACAGAAGCUGGAGGAGAAAGAGGGCAUCCUCCAGAGCUCACUGACCAAUCUGGAGAAAGAGUUAGGAGUUCGCAUACAAGCACUAGAACUCAACAAGAGGAAGGCAGUGGAGGCAGCCCAGCUGGCUGAGGACCUUAAGGUGCAGCUGGAUCACACCCAGUCCAAGCUGAGGGAGAUCCAGGUAUCUGUGUCUGAGAACCGCAACGCCAGAGAGAGGGAGUUGGGAAACCUCAAAAGAGCGCAGGAGGACCUGUCCAGGCUACGACGAAAGCUGGAGAAACAGAAGAAAGUGGAGGUGUACACUGAUGCUGAUGAGAUCCUGCAGGAGGAGAUCAACCAGUACAAGGCGAAGCUGCGUUGUCCGUGCUGCAACACCCGCGACAAGGAGACGGUGCUCACCAAGUGUUUCCACGUUUUCUGCUACGAGUGUCUGAAGACGCGCUACGACACCCGACAAAGGAAGUGCCCCAAGUGCAACUGUGCCUUCGGGGCCAACGACUUCCACCGCAUCUACAUCACCUAACUGCCGAGGGAAAAGAAGAGAACAGGGAUAAAGGGCGGGGAGGAAAAAUAAAUGGAUGGAAGUGA